UCUACGUUGUCAGUACAUGGAUGGGGAGUUUUGCAGCGUGCAGCAUGUUGUAUCACCUGUUGCUGCAGACAGUAAAGACACUACAGUCAGCAGGUGUAUCACCCGGUCAGCCUCACCUCCUACAGUAUAAUCUUAAUGACGGUGAAGACGUGGAGAAGGCCGUCAACGACUUGUCACAGGCGGCGAUAGGAGAGUCGUUGUACGUCAUCGCUGAUGAAGCGGGUCCUGAGUACAUAUCAAAGAGUUUCCAGACUUUCUGUGAGUUGCUGCUGACACAAGUUCCUCAUCUCCAUCUGUGGGCGGCAAGUUGUUUCCAUGGACACGCACCCGCCGGCUGGCAAGUGGAAUGCUUAACCAGACCCCUCCGCUCUACACCGGUUGUCGUCAGGGAAGUCGAGCAGGACGAGUGGAUCACUAGACACCGUCUUGUCUUGCCGUACAGAGAGCGAGGUGGGCCCGACCACACAGACGGCCCGCCAGUCACUCGACUGUAUCACCGAGGUCAGGGUCACUCAGGUCGCAGGCCAGGUGACUGUAUCACGUGCGGUCGUGAGGUGGCCACCUUCCUACACAGUCUCCGUGAUGGUGCUCGGGCACAAAUCUUGACAACAUCCACCCUUGAAGGCCCCACAUCGUCACCUAAACUGCAGUGGAGAGACAUGCUGGUGUUGUGCUGGGGACAGGCUACAAUGGACAUGGGUAUGAUCACAGGACUGCAAGAAGCGGGUAUCCCAGUGCGGGUGAUGACGGACGAUGACAUCGAGGACGUGGCCACGGCCCGCAGUGACGUGGUGUGGGUUGUCGAUACUAAUGGUGUUCGUGGUCUGGAGAGAAAAGUCGUCGUCUGCGUUGAACUUGAUCCCACUUUUAAUAUUUUGUCCAGCCCUGCCCGACUCCUGUCCAUGUCCCGUUGUACAUCACAACUUGUAAUUGUCUUCGCUACUGACUAGCCCCCAGUACAAUAAAUCACCUCGAAGCUGAUGAAUGUGAUAAAAAACCAGCCGACCACACUGGCUGCUGUACUAACUGUAGCUCGAUAGACGCCUUAAUGCAGCUUUACUUGAGCACAUAAUUUUUUAAUGGUUUUACUACAGAAAUGGGGAAACGUGACAUCAUUUGUCAUCGACCUAGUUUAUCGAGAAUGACUGACUGUCAGGGUUCUAGACCACGUGCACAUUUGACUACGAGAUGAAAUCAGCGUCAACACGAUUCUAGCAUUUUACUCUUGGCUCAUCUUGACUUUUAAGUGGUGCUUUACAACAACAACAGCAUAAACAACAACAACAACGCAUACAAAGAUUUUGUUAAAUGACAAUCUUAUGUGGCCAUAGAGCAAAAGUGACUGGCCAGGUGAUUGUGUGACGUGCGGUCGUAAGGUGGCCAGCUUCCUACACAGUCUCCGUGUUGGUGCUCUGGGUACGUACAUUGGAAAUUAACAGUUAUAGAUGAAAAUUUAACACGUAAUCAAAAACUAAUGUAAUAAGCAAUUGGAAGUGAACAAUGAGCUAACAGUUCUAGACAAAUGUAAGGGGACAAAGACAUAAGGUGUACAUGUCAUCGGAAGUCUUUCAUCAUUGUCUACAGUCUCUCUAAUUCUCCCUAUGUGUGUGUGUGUGCAAGUUAUAUUCUCUCUGGUUACUUAAAUAAUGAACACACAUUAAAUGUUAACAGCACAAAUCUUGACAACAUCCACCCUCGAAGGCACCACAACACCACCUAAGCUGCAGUGGAGAGACAUGCUGGUGUUGUGCUGGGCACAGGCUAGAGUGAACAUGGGUAUGAUCACAGGACUGCAAGAAGCGGGUAUCCCAGUGCGGGUGAUGACGGAUGAUGACAUCGAGGAAGUCGCCACGGCCCGCAGUGACGUGGUGUGGGUGGCGGAUACUAAUGUUGUUCGUGUCUGGAGAGAAAAGUCGUCGUCUACGUUGAACUUGAUCCAACUUUUAGUAUUUUGUCCAGCCCUGCCCGACUCCACUCCAUGUCCCGCUGUACAUCACAACUUGUAAUUGUCUCCCCUGCUGACUAGUCUUCAGUAUAAUUAAUCACCACUAAGCUGAUGAAUGUUAUUU